AUGUCUGUCUAUAAAGCGUCCCAAACUUUUAACGUACCGAAAACAACUCUUAGAGAUAAACGUGAUGGAAAGUACAAAAAUGAAAAGUGUGGAGUUCAGCCGGUUCUUUCUAGAGACGAAGAAAGAACAAUUGUUGAAUGGAUUGUCCAUCUAGCAGCUCUAGGUUUUCCAGUCACGAAGUCACAGUUACUAGAAAAUGUUUCAAACCUGGUGAAAAAUUCACAAUGUCUAAAUCCAUUUAAGGAUGAAAUAUGCCUGCAGAAAUGCGGGUUAAAUAUACAAAAGAUCAGCUAUCUUGAGCUCUUGAAGCCAUAA